GGUAGAGAGACGGUGAGAGUUUGCAUAACAGGCAGCUCCGGCCUGUACAGAGGGAGGGAUGGGAAUGCUGAAUCAGUGAAACUGCAUGAAAGCCUGGGAGAGGGUAAACGGCAGGGGGAGAGGGAAGAGAAAGGGUAGAUUGGGUAAGAUGUACAGCACGAUGCCUGGUCAUUCAUUUCAUCUCUUAUUUGUGAAUGUGGAGCUGACAGUUCGCCCUGUUUUACCUCGAGUUGAGAGACUUUAAACAGACUCAGUGCUGCUUCAGAGUAAAGUACAUUUACUAGGGUUUAAAGCCGCAACUGCCCCUUUACAGUUUCCAGCAAGCCAGAACAGCGAGAUGGAGAUGGACAAGGCGGUGUGUUUGCCGAGGUUGCCCCGGGUCGCUGUGUGCGGCGGUACCCAUGGCAACGAGCUGUCUGGGGUGUACUUGGUGAGAGAGCUGCUGAAGAUGGAGAAGAAAGGGAUGGGGAAGGAGGAGGAAGAGGAGGAGCCUCUGUCGGUGCUGAAGGUGCUGUCGAACCCGCGGGCCAUGCAGCAGUGCCGCAGAUAUGCCGACACCGACCUCAACCGCUGCUUCACCCACGCCACCCUCAGCGGUCCCAUAUCAGACGCUGCCCCCUACGAGAUGAUCAGAUCCCGAGAACUGAACGCCACGCUGGGACCUAAAGGAAGUCCCGAGGCGGUAGAUCUCGUUUGCGACCUCCACAACACCACCGCCAACAUGGGCCUGUGCCUCAUCGCGUACUCUGACCACGACUGGAUCUGCCUGCACAUAUUCAGACACCUGCAGAGGCAGAUGCCAGAUAUACCAAUGAGGUACAUCCAUUUUGAUGUCUCCAAUAAAGAAUCAUAUUCCCUUGAUUCAGUGGGAAAACAUGGCUUUGCCAUGGAGAUCGGCCCCCAGCCCCACGGUGUGGUGAGGUCAAACAUCUAUACGGCAAUGAAAGUUGGCGUGCAGCACGUGCUCGAUUGGGUCCGUUUCUUCAACUCAGGUACUAUUUUUGAAGGAGGAUUUGCGGACGUAUUCACCAUGAUUAAACACAUCGACUACCCAAGAGACAGUGAGACUCGUAACAUCACAGCAGCCAUUCAUCCUCAACUCCAGGACCGAGACUUCUGCCUGCUCCACCCCGAAGACCCCCUGUUCCAGACUUUCUCAGGUGAAACUCUGAGGUACAGAGGCAAAGAACCUCUUUAUCCUUUCUUCAUCAAUGAAAGUGCUUACUACGAGAAGGGCAUCGCUCUCUCCCUGGCAAGAAAAAGGCGCGUGAUGAUCCCUGCGAUCCGGGUGCAGACAGAACAGGAGCAACAAGCUGACGUACAGGAGUUUGCAUCAGAGGAAGAGGAGUGAGGAUGGGCUGUUGACACGCUGUUGACACACAUGAUGAGACUGACUGUGAAAUAAAUUUUACAAAAAGCUUUUAUUGAAACAACAGCAGUUGCUUGGGACACGCACGUGUACGCUCGCUUGCACUCGCACAUGGUAUUUAAGUGGACAAUUAUUAACCGUCUCAGCUCACGACUGGAGAGUGAACAACACAUUCACUGCAGAGUCACAAAAGCACAGCCAUACAUGGACAUUUGCUGUUAUAUUUACGCUACAAUGGAUUCAGGGGAUAGAACAAUUUCUUGAAUUAAAAGGCUGAAUAUGCAAAAUACAAUCUGAUUCAUCACGAGACACACCACACCACACCACACACUUCAUUUCGCAGACAUUCUUUAGUUUUAAUUUUUUUUAUUUUUAUAUUUCUGCAAACAUAUAGCAUAGUUUUUAGGGUAAUAUAUUUUUCUAAAUUUAUUUUAUUUUUGUGACACUUCAAAAAAAUAGAUUCACUACCGACCACUACAGCAAUAUUCAGGAUAUGUUCAAAAAUAAUUUAAGUGCAAAGGAAUACUGUAGCUUAUCACAAUAUGGCCUUUAAAUUACAUUCAUAAUGCCUAACAGGGAAACGCUGUUGCCCUUAAAUCCUGUUGAAUCGAAAUGUUGGUACCAAAUUAAUAAAAAAAAUAAAAUAAAGGAACACCUAUAAAUCAAACACAUAAUAACAAACACAACUGAAUUCACAAAACGAAACCAAUUUACGUGAACAUGUAAGUACAACAAUACAAAACAAAAUUGUGAAAAAACACUACCACUACUAAAAAAGUAUUACUUUUUGAUCUUAUCUGCAAAAGCCUACAAAAUCAGUCAAAAUGUAAAAAAAAUGCUUGAAAAUAGCAAAGAAAAUAAUUCAUUGGGUAAACAAAUUAUAAACACAAACACCUUAAUAAUGGCCAUGAAUAAAUAAAUAAAUAAAUAAAUGCAACUUAAAUUAAAGGGGAUGUCAAUCUUUUUGUAAUAACAGAAAAAUAUUUACAAAUAGUCGUUAAUCGCUCUAAUAAUAGUCAUCGUCGCUGGCCAUUGUCUCUCAUUACAAAAGACUGAUUGCACAACAGCAAACUUGCCAACAAAAAAAAUCUUGUGUAUGCAUACAAUGUUUUUGUCUUGCUCCACACCUACACCUGUCCUGCCAGGUGUUUUUCUGGGGCAAUGAAGGGGAAAUGUCAACACACCCAACUGUGAUUCAGGGUGUGAUCAGAGGUGCAAUUGACUUGAUAAUGGCAAUUAGAAGUGAAACAAAAGCUGUGUCCCUAUUCCAUAUCACAAACUUAAUAAAGUAUACAUGAUGUACUGCUGUAUAUAA